GGCAGGUGCUUCCGGGUUCCCUGGCUGGAGACCCUUUGGGGGCAACCAGGGUCACAAAAGGGGCCACUGGAGGUUUGGGCUCCGACCUCCUUCCCGCCCCCCCUCCUUCUUGAGAAGCAAGGCGGAAAGGGGCCGGUGGAGCGUCCGCUGAGGGUCACCGGUCACGAGAAGGGUCGGCUGUGGUCCAGCCGGCCAAGGCUUGCAGGUGGCACCCUUUCCUGGAGCCCUUGCCCCAUAGCUCUGCCCCCUUCUGGUGCCCUUUGCUCUCUAGGGAGGAGUCCUGGGUGGGGGGGCUGGCGAAGCGCUGUGCCCCCCCCCGUUCCGACCAUCUCCAGGGGGUGCCUUGGGGCAGACCCACCUCAACCACUGACCCUAACUCCAUCCCCCGCCCUGUGUGAGGUAUAAUGUCCUGAUGCCAUCUAAUCUGGGCACUUUGAGUGCCAUCUUUGGGGGGGGGAAGCAUUUUAUUUUAUAUUACAUGAACCCCAAUUCCUCCCCCCUCCCAAGAACUGAAGUAACCAUCGCACAGGGCCAUCUUUCUUUCAUCCCAGAGCACAGCACCAGUGAAAACUCACAAGAAGCCUUUAGCCCAACCAACACCUUUUUAGAAAGCACCCUGUCCUCCGCAUGGUCAGAAAGACCCACUCUGGCUUAGGGGAUGUGUCUCUGGUUGCGUGUGAGUGUGUGUGCGCGUGCGUGCGUGCGGGGGGGGGGCAACUGGAGCAAGGAGCCAGCUUUGGGCUUGGCUUCACCGCUCGCCGGCCCUUCGGGGCCCGGGAUGGUGCCGAGGGCCGACCACCUGCCUCCCCGGCUCUCAACGGUUCCCGCUGCCGUCCCUGUUUGCAGCGAUGGAAGAAGAACUGGUUCGUGCUGUACCAGGCCAGUCCUCACGGAGUGGCGCGGCUGGAGUUCUUUGACUGCAAGGAUGGGGCCCCUGUGGCCGACAGGGUGGCCACCAAGCGCCUGGACAGAAAGAUAGUGCGGCUGGCCAACUGCCUGAGCAUCGCGCCGGCCCCGGACGGAAGCUCCAAGGAAGGCCUGGCCACCUUCCGCCUGGAGACCAGCGAGCGCACCUACCUCUUUGCCACGGAGCCCCUGGAGGCGGCCGACUGGGUGGCCAAGCUCUGCGAGGCAGCCUUUCCGGUGAGCUGGAGCCCUGGCAGGGUAGCUCAGCCGGCAGAUGGGAGCGGCGAGGAGCGGACACUGGAAAUGGCCACAAACGCCAUUUAUUUCUCACGAGAAGAAGUCAAGGAGUUCUGGGUGACAGUGCAGAAAACAGAGGCCUCUGAGCGUUGCAAGCUGCAAGGGGGGUACGUGCUGAAGGCCUCUCGGGACAGCCUCAUCCUUGCAGAGUCCCCCUCCGGCCAGCCUCUCUACACCUGGCCCUAUCGCCUCCUCCGCAGAUACGGCCGGGACAAGGUGAUGUUCUCCUUUGAAGCAGGCCGGCGCUGUGAAUCUGGCCCUGGCAACUUCACCUUUGAGACGAAGCAGGGGAAUGAGAUCUUCCAUGUCGUGGAGGCGGCCAUUCAUGCCCAGAAGGCCCAGGCAGAGGAGAACAGGCAGAGCGGUACCUCUUUGGACACCGAGAUCCCUGGCCUGGCCCAGAUCCAGGACACCAUGGCCAAUGCGCUCCACCUGGCUGGGGAGGGCCUUCCUCUGGAGCGGAGGGGGCCUGGCGCUGCCCUGGCCCCCAGGCCCAGCUGCCCCCUGGAAGAGAAGGACAAGGCAGUGGCGCCUCCUAAGGGGCCGGUCAUGAGGGGCUGCAACCAGAGGCCCUGCCAUGCCACAGCCCCCUCUGGGCUUGUCGGGAAGCCCGGCCACCCUCGGCCACCCUGCGAAGACACGGCCAACGUCUACUCUGAGCCCCUCGAUGCCGUGAAGGGCCAUGGGCUGAGGCCCGAUCCGCUGUAUGCAGAUCCCGCCGACAGCAAACCGGAGGGCAGUGGGGCCAAAGAGGAGGUUCAGCGCCCAGCCUCCUGGCUUCUCUAUGAGCAAGUGGGGCCGGGGGUGAGCGGCUGGCAGCACCCCCAGAGCAUCAAGGGCCACAUCUACGAUGAGCCAGAAGGCCGGGCCCCGCUGCCGGCCCCAGCGCCCACUGCCAUCUACGAUGAGGCCCGUUUCCCGUGCGAGGCCUGGCGCACGCAAGGCCUGGCGACCCAGGCAGGCUACGAACUGCCGUACCUUCCCAGCGCCGGCGACUAUGCGGUCCCCGCCUUCCCCCAGAAAGCAGAGAAGAGGCCCCCGAAGCCUUGCCCGGCCCCCAAGCCCCCUCGGAGCUACAAAGAGGCGCUUCAGCUGGGCGGCCCCAGCAAGGGCCACUCGGCCCCAGGGCCCGACCAGGACAGGCCGAAGCUCGGCUCUGGGAGCAACUGUAACAACAACAGCAACAACCACCCCCACCCGCCCGAACCCAUCUACAGCCGCGUGCAGAAGCUGCCGCCAGCCCCUCUGGCCGGGCCCAUAGGCUGUGCUGGGCAAGAGCAAUCCGUGGACGGGAGCCGGCCCGCCUCAGUCUACGAAGACCUGGGGGAGAUAUGAAGGGGAGCCCGGGUGCCGGGACCAGAACUCCACGCCUCCCCCCCCCUUGCGCGGGACCCCUAAGUCCCAGGCAUGGGGGCUGUGGUGAAUUUGGAAGGAGGAGGUGGCUUUGGGCUAGCGUGGCUUGUAUGCUCCAGACAGUCCUGGACGAAUCCUGCCAAACACCAUUGCCUCUGGGAAGAACGAUUUGGAAAAUAUUUUUGAUGUAGAUGUUUAUUUUGAUUAUUAAAGCCAUGCCAUUUGAAGGAA